GGUCUGGUAUUGGUUUAUUGUGGACGCAGAUAACAAAGAAGAGUCUGCUGUCAUUUGCGCGAUGAACGCCAACGGAGAAGUCCACAUAAAAUAUAUUGGGCAAUUCGUUAGUUCUUGAUUUGAUCAAAAUAAAAAAUGGUGGAGUAUGACGAUAAACCGAUUCAGCAUGAUCCGGAGUUUAAGGGCCCCCUAAAAAAUCGCUCGUGCACGGAUAUUCCGUGUCUUUUGAUUUUUGUUGCAUUCAUUGUCUGCUGGAUUGCCAUUGGGGCCUUUGCUUUAUCUUCUGGAGAUAUCGAGACACUCUUGGCCCCAACAGACAGUGAAGGUCGAAAAUGUGGAGUGGAUUCAGCGGUGUCAAAUAAAUCUCAUCUUCUCUUUUUCGAUUUAACGAAAUGUGACAUCACAAAGAAAGCGUGUGACACGCCACAAGUUUGUCUGGAAAAAUGUCCCACCGAGAACUGGGUGUUCAAAAGGACCGAUCCUCCAGAAACCAUCAGGAACAAGAUCAUCUGCAAGCCGGGAGUGAAUGUCGCAAAGGCAGAUGUCGUUCACUUUGAGGCACUGAUAAACGUCGCCGCAUGUGCACCGAUGUACUUCAAGAGCAAAUCUAUCGUGAACAGAUGUGUGCCAACGGAUUUUGCAGCUGAUUUCAUUACUGAAGCUAUUUCAAAAAAGCUGAAACAGGCAGAGGAGAUCAUCCAAUACCUGGCCUAUGCUCAGGGAGUCUUCGAUAAAGUCGUUUCAUCCUAUCAGUCAGCUCUUAGAAUUGUUUGCGUUGGAGCCCUCAUGUGUAUUAUCUACAUGUUUCUGCUGAAAUGGCUAGCCUUACCUUGUGUGCUGAUCGCUAUAUUCGGAGUGUGUGGAUUGUUCGCUUAUCUGGGAUAUCUCAGUUAUCAGUCUUACUCCGAGACUGACUCAUCAGCCUGGUUAACAGUAACAAUUAUUUUGGGCUCCACCGCUGGAAUUAUUGUAUUGCUGACGUUAUGCCUGUGGCAGAGGAUUUACCUGGCUUGUCAGCUGAUCAAAGAGGCCAGCAAAGCUGUAAUGGCUGUCCUCUCCAGUCUCUUCUUUCCCAUUCUCCCCUGGCUGACUCACAUCGCCAUCCUCGUGUACUUCUUCUACAUUGGAUUCCUCUUAAUAUCCAUUGGUGACCAGAAAUUCACCGUUGAGCAAUCGCCAAACGUCGUCACCGACGGGUGCAUCUGUCCUUCGCACCUCAACUACAACAUCAACAGCUCGUGCGAUCCUGCAAUCUUCAACUCUGCGUGCAAAGAGAAUGGGGAGAUCUGUGUGUCAAGAGUCUGUCAUUUUCGAGGGGUUGACAGCCCCCCGUACAUGAAGUGGAUGUAUCUCAUCCAUAUUUUCGGCGGCCUCUGGCUUUACUUCUUCAUCUCCGCUCUAGGUGAAAUGGCACUUGCAGCAACGUUCGCCACGUGGUACUGGACCAUGAACAAGAGCGAUGUUCCAUUCUUCACGGUUACGGUCAGCCUCUGGAGGACGAUUAAAUAUCAUUUGGGGACAGUAGCUUUUGGCUCUUUGUUGAUAACUAUCUGCCGCUUCUUUCGCAUUAUCCUAGAGUACAUUCAUCAACAGUCCAUGGCGCAAGGAGGCGGUCAGCUCCUGGGUAACUGCGGAGCCGUCAUCUACCGCUGCACACAGUGCCUCAUGGCCCUCCUCGAAAGAUUCCUCAAAUUCAUGAAUAGAAAUGCUUAUAUAGUGUGUGCUGUGUAUGGAAAGGGUCUCUGUGCCUCCGCUGGAGACGCUCUGAGCCUUCUCAUGCGGAAUAUCCUUCGGGUCGUGGUGCUGAACAAAAUCGUUGACUGGCUGCUCUUCGCGGGGAAGCUCCUCGUCACCUGUACGAUGAUAGCUAUAUCCUCGUGGUACUACAAAGAGAAAGAGGGCGAUGAUGAGUUCUGGUGGGUUCCCACCAUUCUCGUUGGACUGGGAUCCUAUCUAGUUGCUUCCGUAUUCUUCAGUGUUCAUGCUACUGCGGUGGACACUAUCUUCUUGUGCUUCCUGGAGGACUGUGAGAGGCACGAUGGAUCGGCCGGGAAACCUUAUUACAUGAGCCGAAAACUAGCGAAACUAUUGAAUUUACAAUGAAUUCAUUAUUUUUCGAGAAAGUUAUGUUAAAGGAAAAUCUAGAAACAACGCAACACAGAUGUGUGUCAAGAGUUUUCAGACAGUGGCAACCUCACUUUGAAUUUUCACAAUUAAACAAUAAUUGCACAAUUAAGCGCCAGGUCGUUCACAACAAAUAAUUUUUUAUUUAUGAGACAAUUUGCGAUUGAAAUUCCUCUUUUCGUUUUUUUUUUGCAUUUUUCUGAACUCUUGGACCUCCUAGAGCAAAAAGCCCCCCAGCUCAGUUAGGUACGUUCACCAUCGUAGCUCAUGGACAACUGCUACGAAAUUUUUCGGUGACAGCCGAUCCAUGAGCGUCAGCAAUCUCCCCUAUAAUCUCUCGUGUUCACUACCUGGGGCUAUAUUUCAACGAAUAUACAUUUGUUAACUUUGUUUGGAAAAAAAAUGUAAAUAAAAAUAGAUUGUUAAAAUAU